AUGAGGUCUAUUUUUUCUAUUGAAAAGGAACUAGCCGUGGAAGCACAUUUGAUCCACUGGUUUGGGAUUUUCAAAGUGGGACAAGAUAAAAUCGUCUGGUGUGAACCUCGCUCUCCUGCUCAUGGUUCCCCCCUGAUUCCUCCGGUCUUGGCCGACAGUCUUGACCUUCCUCUUUUUCCACCUGACCCUCCAGAUCCCUCUUCUGCCUCCAUCUAUCCUCCUCUUCCCUCUUCUCGAUCUGUUUUGAUUCCAACCUCUUCUACUUCUCCUUCUACCUUAGCUCCUAACGUUAGUACUGUUGCAGCUGUGGGCUCAACAAUCUCUUUUCCUACUACUCAUUAUGUUGCAGACCUUCUUGCAACCUUCCAUUGUCUACCUGCAAAACUUCCAUUACUAACUAUUCAUCCCUCUACAAAUUCCAGAUCUGGAACAACUACAGUGCAAAUCCCAACUACAGUGUCAAACCCUAGUACAAAAACCCCCAAAAACUCCAUCCCUUUGCCUCAUUCUUCUCCUCCAACCUCGUUGACUCCUCCUGCAACACAACCCUCAACCAAAUCCAUUCCUUCCGUAUCGGGGAUUCUUGGCUCUUCACCGGCCUCUACUCCUCCACAUGAGUAUGUGGUUAUCUCUGGUUCUCAUGCUACUGUUCCUCGAGUUGCUCCCGCUCAACCUCUGAAAGUUGUGUCUGCUGUCCCCAGUUCUGAUACUUGGGCCUCUAGAGUCAAACCAUCAGUUGACAAAUCUCUAAAGAGGCUCUCUCCGCAGGCUGUUUCUUCUAAUGGAAUUCCACGUGUUAAAAUCCCUGAAGCUGUCUUCCAGAAAGGUGCAGAACUCCACAAGAAUUUUGUAAUCUGUAGGUUCUUUGGUAGAACUCCCCAAUACAGCCUUAUCCAAAGUGUGUUGAAUUAUAUGUGGGGAAAAGGAAGACAUCUUGAAUUCCACACUGGUCUUGGAUCCAACUCUGUACUGGUAAGAGUCCAGAAUGAUUUCAUUAGAAAUAAAGUGCUUGAAAAACGAAUAUGGUAUGUGGACACUACCAUGUUCCAUGUAGCUCAAUGGUCAGAGGAAUUGGUAGAAGAAACACCUUCUCUUGAUUGUAUCCCUUUGUGGGCUCAUCUUCACGGUGUCCCCUUUAACCUGAUACAUCAACAAGGCCUCAGCCAUAUCGCAGGGCAAAUAGGUGAGCCAAUAGAAACCGAUGAUUGGACUGUCAACCUAACUUGUAUUAGCUCAGCUCAUGUAAAAGUUGAUGUUUAUACUUCUAAGGCUCUGCCUACCCUGCUUGAAGUUGAAAGGGAAAAUGGUACUAUCUGCACAGUAAAGGUUGACUACCCCUGGCUCCCUCCGACUUGUUCUCAUUGCAAGGAAGUUGACCAUAUAAUAAAGAACUGCCCUCAUCUACCACCUCCAACUGCGGCACCUAUGUCAACUGCUUCUAAACAACAACAACCUUCAUCUUCUACUACUUCAGCUCCGAUGUGUUUCAAUUGCAAAGAAAUGGGUCAUCUGAUGAGGAACUGCUCUAUGCCAGCUCAACAAUGGACCCCAGUUGUGAGUAGACAAAGAAGAAAAGCCAGGGAAGUGCCUGAAUCUACAACUGCUAAUCCUGAAUCUAUAAUUCCGAUAGAACAAACCUUGGUCCCUGAAGUUGAUAUAGUUAUUAGUAAGGACUUUGAGGUUGGUAAUGAGUCUCCUCUGGUUACAAGAACUGCUGUUCUAGCUAAUACUGCUGGCUUGUCUGAAGCUCCUCUUUCUCCUGGAUCACCAAUGGAUGUAGUUACUAACUGUGUCCUAGGUCUCCCAGCGGAGUUUACUUAUAGGCCUGUUGUGGUGCAGCAACCUGGCCUGGUGCCAGUGAUUCCAACCCUAGACUUUAACCCAAACCACUUUAAUCCAUUUCAGGCAUCUAGUCACCAAAAAAUCAACACUAAAAAGCCUACUUUACCACCAAAAUCACCUCAAACCAAAAUAUCAUCCUACUUAGAAAUCACCAAACUAAACGCACCAAAUUCUAAACUGCCUACCCUUCCACCUACUUCUUUUUUGAAUCCAGACUCGAUCCCCUUCACCCUAAUCACUUCUACCCCUAUAAGUAACCCACUUAAUCUCUUUGAGGGUUCUCUUCCUCCCUUGGAUGAGAACAAACCCAACCCCCAAUGA